AUGGGCCGCAUCAAUUCCACUUACAGCAGUGAUUGUGCGAAUGUGCGUUGGAUUGCCAUUACAAUUUAUAACACGAGUCAACGCGCGACGAGAACGAGACAUCGCACCUCUAAUACACUCCUGGCGAAUGGUGGGCUCGAACAAGAUAUCAGCAUUACCCCCGGAAUACAAAAAGAGAAAGGGAAGAUUGCAGCAGGAUAUCUCAACAUUAUGUCCAAAUCCCUGGCGAAGAAGUGGAAAAUCAUGCGAGGCUACCGAUUCCUCAAUCUCCUACAAUUGCCGGUCUGGUUAUCGCUCAUGGAGAGCAUGCGCGCGAUGACAGGGAAUCAAAAUGGAAUCAUUCCAUACCUCCUAUCGUUCGUCAGUGGCCACGAAAACGCCGCAUCCCUGCCGGCCCUAGAGCCGAGUCUAGCCACCGAAGGUGCUCUCUGGUUCCCCAAUCUACUGGCUGGUGAUCCGACAGGCGCCUUGCCUCUGCUUCUGAGUGCUUCGAUUAUCUUGAAUAUCCGCAGAGGCUGGGGCAUCACUACACCAGCUGGAGAUCUGGCUGAUCUGCCUACAGCGCAGUUGUAUCGGGCUACAUUCUUCCGAGGAUUGGGAGUCUUCCUUCAGAUAUUAGGACUCAAUAUUGGUGUGGCGGCCUUCGCUAAUGAAUUGCCGGCGGCUCUCAUGAUCUACUGGAUCACCAGUACCAACGUGGCUACAUUACAGACCUUCUUAUUGGAGAAGUAUAUGUUCAUGAGACCCCCAAUUCCCAACUUCCAGAAAAAGUACAUGGUUUAUCAGAGACCAGGUGUCUCUGAUCCCUUCAAGCUGAAACUGACAUGA